AUGGCCGCCGCUACGGCAGCUGACUUUCCUUUGCUACGGGGAGGAAGCAAGCUCCUGCUGGGACUCCAGCAAAUUUUGCAAGAGGCGGAUAGCAACGACGACGAGGACGAGGACAGCACUGAUGAUUGGUUGCGUGCUGCAUUGGUUCGGCUGGUAGAGCGCCAGCCCAAGAACCUUUUGCAGGAACUCAAGAGCUUGGUGAAAAAGGCCGGUCGGAAAGUGCAUACUGCGAUUGACGAGGGCUACGAUAGCUACGAGGGUGGUUGGCAUGAUCAUGAACAUUGGCAUGCACAAGCCGAGAGUGACGAGAACUACGGUGCGUAUGGAUGGUCCCAACAACAGUCGCCCACCUUCGGUGCUGAGUGGUGGACCGGCUGGCAGCAGGAUGCAUCCGGUUGGUGGUUUGACGCAGGCAGUCAGAGGGCUGCAUCCGCGUGGGCGCGCGACGAGUGGGAUGAUUGGAAUCCGGACGUCGGUGGAUGGGGGUCUGCCUCGGCUUUGACCUCUUCGUGGAAACCACCGGCAUCUACCACUAAUGAGCGGAAGGUCACGGUUGCCGCGGCCAAACCCAAGAAAGCGGCGGAAUCCGAAUGGCAGGUGGUGCGCUCUAAGCGCCAGCAGCGGCAGCAGGGAGCGCUCGAUGAGACGCGCGGUUGGCAUGUGCAGCAGGGCGCAUGGACGCCUCCCACAGGCCAUGCGAUUGGCCAUGUCACCAAUGCGCAAGACUUGGGACAUCAGCUUGAUGUUUCCUCCGGCGUUGCUUGGGUCAUGGUCACCGACGACGUCAACGAGGCUAGCAUUGCUUUGGGCAUGGUGGAGGGAGCCAUCAAGGAUGAGGAUAAGCAGUCGCUCCGAGUUGUUUUCAAAGGUGAUGCGAAACAGCUUGAGAAGGCCAGUAUCGAGUAUGAGUUCAUGACGGUGCCUGGCACGGUGGACGGGGCGCUACGGCCGCGUAGAUGGCCUGUGGCCUCGAUCGGUUCCUUGCCGACCCUCGCGAGGCUAAUCACGAGAGCUUCUGAGGCCAUUGUGGUUCGCAAACCGCCACCCAGCAUCCAGGAGAGGCGUGCUUCUACUUUUGUGGUUCGAUGUGAAUGUGACCGCAAGCUCGCGCCUGAGGCUUGGAUCGCUGCCUUAGCCUGCCCCGCCUCGGUGGUGCGUCAAUGGGCCCGCGCUGUGGGCAUCAAGCAAGCCGAUAUCCUGGACACUUUCAGUCCCAAGCGGGUGGGCCAGGACCGGGUUGUGGUCAUGCUACGCGUGCUCAAGGCCGAGGCGGUGCAGAGUUUGGUUCGUGCGAGCGGGCGUGUUGGAGGAGAAGGUGCUCAGGCCUCGGUGUGGUUCGCCGAUGUUCUUGGUACCAAGGAACAGCUCAAGCUACCUGACAAAGUGCAUUGGAUUUCUUGGGACUCUCAGGAGUCUUGGGAAGCCUACGGCAGUCGUGUGCACAAACUCGCAAGCCCAGAAGGCGUGGCGCUGGGCACCCACCAACUCGGGGUGCGAAUGUGGGCCAGUGACAAGCGCUUUCAGCCUCAGGCGUGCACUUGGCGGCUGCGCGGCAUGCGCAACAACUGGGAUGCCGCUGAGACGCAGGAUUUGUUGCUGCAGCUUGGCCGCGCUACGUCUGGUCCCGCAGCUUCUGGUAUCGUUCCAAAGUCUGCCACGCUCAACGUGGCUGCGAAGGCAACUGUCACCAGUGCUUCGCCUUCGGAUGAGCAAACUGCUGUGAAUGACACUGUUCCACCCUCUGUUGCCAAGAAGCGUGGAAGGGACGAAGCCGCAGCUACGGACACCAUGGAAGUUGAGACUUCUGUUGAGUGGCGACCCAGCACAGGGAGGGUGGUUGAGAAUGUUGGCGAGGGUAACUGCCUCUGGCAUUGCCUGGCUGCCUUCUCCUCGACUCCCGUCGUGAAGCGAUCCCAUCGUCAAGUUCGGCAGUUCACUGUGCAUUGCAUGCGUGAACGCUCGGAUGAGUUGCGCCCCAUUUGGGAGGCCAUGGGCAAGUUCAAUGACACUGGCAAGCCCUCCCAGUUUGACUGGGAAGACUACCUCAAGGACCAGGGCACACAUGGGCAGUGGUCUGGUGCUUUUGAAGUGGCGGCAUGGGCGGUGGCCAUGAACCAUCGGGUGUGGAUCACGACGGACACCGGGAAACUCCAUCUGAUCAAUCCCGACGCUCAGAACGAGAAGGCCUGGGUGGCUUUGCGCUAUCUCACCGAAGGCCACUAUGAGUUAUGGGCCGAUGUGCGUGAGGAGGAGCUCUGGACACGUGCCUGUGAGCUCUCCGUUGAGGGACGCCUGCAACUGGAGGAACUGCUCCGAGGGGGCGGGCGCCCCAAGUGUACGCUGUCUGACUUUGCCUCUAGCCGCAGUGACCGGGCCUCAACUGGAUGCAACGCAGGUGUCCCCGACACCGCCAAGUCUGCAGUCCAGCGAGCCAAAGUCUGCACGAAGGUACGGCGUACGCUGUCGGACUUUGCUUCGGUGGGCAGUGCUGCGUCUGCCACCGCCGUGACCACUGCUAAGCCUUCUGGUUCCAGUCCUGCCCCUUCGGGUUCCCUAGGCACCCCCGCCCGACCGCCGGGCCCGGGGCGGGCCCAGGACGAGAACGACGAUGACAAGUGGCAUGCCAGGAACAACCACAUUCGGAGGGCUCAUGCGGGGGUGCCCAAGGAUGCUUUCAGCCAACUCUGGACUGAUCACAGCCUUACAAUCACAGUGGGACCCUGCCCCCAGCAGCUCCGCAUCUGGACGUGCAGCAAAUGUCACAAUGGCAUACGGGACGAGCGCCGCUCGGAGCACCAGGUGCAGGCCGCUGCGCGGAGACAUCUGCGGGAGUGUGUGGGAUUUCCGAUGACCUUGCGCGAAAAUCUCAAGCGAUGCUCUGAGCAGCUGCUCACGCGACAGCUGGCCGGGGGAACGGCGAACUCCCGCCUCGCCCAAAGACGGCUCAUGGUGGACAGUUAUGCCCGAGGCAGGCAUCAGACUGUGGAACUGGACAAGGUGCGUCUUGGUGUGACCUUUCGCAAAAAGGCCCUGUGGGCGGUGUGUUCCGAGUGUACGAAGUGCUUCCGUGCCGCCUCCGGCCUGAAGGGCACUUGCAAGCCUGCUCUACGGACUCGUCUGUUGGCAAGGAAGGCCUUGCUCUGGCAACGACUGCGUCUGGCCAAGGGCGGCCAAACUCUUCCCAUGGUAGUGCGCGCCAUGAAGUUGACCGCGGUGGAGAUCCACUCCCUGGAGGCGAAAGCCACGCAAAGGGAGGGGGUGGAGCCACAUCCAGGGCCUCCCUUACGCGGUGCUUUCUUGAACUGCGGUGGCCUUCAGGGUGCUUACCGGGCACUGCAGCACCUGCAGGCUGCUCGCCUCUCCCUUUUGGUGCUCUGUGAAACACAGGCUUGUGCUUGGAACCACAAACAGCUUACUGCGCGCUUUCAGCAGCUUGGUUACCGGGUUUGGGGCUUUUCAGGGCGCGAGGGCGAUUUGGUUGCCAUGGACUUUUCGACUCUCCAGGCGGCUUUUUUCUGGCAGCGCGGUGCUUCCGACAACGAGGGUGGGCUUCUUGACACACUGCUUGGGCUUCACCAGUUGGCUACCAGCCGAGAGGUGCCGUGGCUUGCGUUGGGUGACUGGAACUUGCAGCCUCAGGAGAACACUCUCCGGGAUGCUGCUUCUCUACAGCUUUGUGCCCCGCGGGAUGAAGCCGGAGAGUUGCGCCCCUCUCGGUUCUCAUCAUCAAGAUGCAUCGAUUACGGUCUCCUCACAGAUGGUUUCUACCUGCACACCAGGCAUGACGAAGCGCCCCUCUCGGACCACCGAGUGUUACACUUUGAAGGAUGCAUGCCCGUUGCCCGGCACAAUGCCAGUUUCUUGAGGCCUACGGCUUCCCUGCAACGGCCGUCGGAUGUCGCGGUGGACGUUGAGUGGCAAGACUUCUGUGCUGCGGCUGAGGGUGCGCUUUCUGCUGCUGCUAAGGGUUGUGGCCACACGGUGCGCUCUGUGGGCUGCCGGCCCAAAGGCUCUCUGCCGGAGACGCUCUCUGCUGGCGAGGUCGUCCGCUCCCCUGACAAGGAAGUCCCGUACAAAGUGCGCCAGUACACCAAGCUUCUGGGCAGGAUCCAUGAGGCUCGGCGUCAGCAAGAUCGUGGCUCUCCGGCUCUCUGGCGAAACUUGCGGAGAACCUGGCCGGAUGAGUUGGGAGUGCUUCCUGUUGACCUGGCGACGGCCGCCAACCACGUGCAAGCGAAGCUCCAGCACGCAAGAGACGCACACACCCGCAGUCGCCUUACUCAGUGGCGACGACGGAUGGCACAAGGAGGCAGGGCGGCCACGCAGUGGCUGAAGAGCCAGGUUGCGCGUGCACCCACGGCAUUGCGCAGACAGGAGGUGAACGGGCAUGUUCACAGGACUCGUUCGGUGGCAGAGUCAUUCGAAGCUAUGCGGGCUUUCUGGAGGCGCAUCUGGCAUCGCAAAGGCAUUCCUGAAGAGCUGCGGCGGCUUCGAGAAGGGAGUUUGUCACGGCCUGCUGGUGAGGCCAUGCAGGGCGACUGGCGGCUGGAGGCCUUCGACGAGGAGGUUUGGGAGUGCUUCCUCAGACUGUGGCAUGACUGGUGUGAGCGCGAUCGGUGUCCGCAAGCUUUCCGCCACUGCAGACAGGUCAUGUUGCCCAAGGAGGAGUUUGACUCACAGGGCGAGGUGGACGUUGAGAACAUGCGUCCCAUAUGUGUGCAACCGGAUUGGCUGCUCGCCAAGGUGGAUGCUGACACACACGGCUCGCUCAAGGGCAGGAGCGUUGAGGCCGCCGUGCUGGCGUUAGAUGCGGCUUUUGCCACCGACGGCAUCUUAGUGAGCCUGGAUAUGAAGAAGUGCUUCGAUUACAUGUCCCCGGAGCUUUGCUUAGGCAUUUUGCUACACGAGGGCAUGCAUCCGGCAUGGGCGCGACACCUGACGCACAUCUGGAGGCACCAGCGCCGUUGGCUUCAGGUGCAACGCUGGGUGGCCGAUUUCCAUGGGGCACUUCCGGUGGCUGGGCAUGGAGAUCGCUGA